GGGAAAUAAAAACCUCACAAACCGAGAGUUUCUGCCCACACUGGUUCUUUCACACAAAAAGCCUCAGUGCUCGACUGACACCAGAUCUGCUCUUCACACUCUCAGGAUGCGUGUGCUGUGUGCUCUGGGUCUGCUCCUGACCCUGCUGCAGGGGUCCUGCCCUCUGCUGCUGGGAGCCUUCAACAUCAAGUCAUUCGGAGACAAGAAAUCCUCCAACAGCACGAUCAUGAACAUCAUCAGCAAGAUUGUCCACCGCUAUGACAUCAUCCUGAUCCAGGAAGUCAGAGACAGCGAUCUGUCAGCGACCAAAAGACUCAUGGAGCACGUCAACAAAGGGUCUCCUCAGUUCAGGUACAGCCACAUCGUGAGCGAGCCUCUGGGUCGAAGCACGUACAGGGAGAGAUAUCUCUUCCUCUACAGAGAGGAAAUUGUGUCCGUGGCAAAAAACUACACCUACGACGACGGCAGUGAGUCCAGUGGGACGGACGUGUUCAACAGAGAACCCUUUGUCGUCAUGUUCUCCUCCAUUUACACCGCUGUGAGGAACUUUGUUCUGAUCCCUCAGCACACCUCUCCAGACCACGCAGUGAAGGAGGUGGAUGCUCUCUAUGAUGUGGUGGCUGAUGUUCACUCCCGCUGGAAUACCAAAGACAUUGUUCUGCUGGGAGACUUCAACGCAGGCUGCAGUUACGUGUCCGGCUCCGACUGGCAGAAGAUCCGUCUCUUCACCGAUAACAGUUUCCACUGGUUGAUCACCAGUGAGGUCGACACCACAGUGUCAAAAACCACGUGCCCAUACGACAGGAUUGUGGUCCCGGCUGACAUGCUGAAGGGAGUGGUGCCCAGCAGUGCUGAAGUUCACAACUACAUGAGGGACAUGAACCUCAGCCCCGAGCUGGCGCUGGCUGUCAGUGACCACUUCCCCGUGGAGGUGAGGCUGGUUGGACUGGCUCGUGGUCGUUCUGCCUGAAUCACGACUGGUCCGCGGGUCUCCAGACAGAAUCUACACUAGAGACCAUGAAGCCGUGAAUUACAAGACCAAAAUAAACUAAUCUGCUAAAUGA